UAUGAAACAAUCGUCCACAUUUCAUCCACUUAGUGUAUGCUACUCACACGAUUGGUAACCCCGUUGGUGUUUUCCUCCGGCGUUCGUUUCGCAUGUUUUGAUAGAUAAACACGGCCAAUGCGCAUGAGCCACGAUUUUGCUUGGCAGCUAUACAGUGUGUCAGCUGUUGAAAAAUUUGCCUCCCGGUCAGUACACUCAACGACGGACCGACGUUUCAUCUACUGCGUUCACCGUAUUCUGAAACGAUAACCAUAACCAUCUGUGAUAGUAGCGUAGCGGUAGAUGCAAUCUGUGAUAGCUAACUUACAUAUUUUCGCGCGCCGUCUUCCACUAAAUUAGUUGCAAACGUUAAGGUUCGGUUCGGACCCGCAUACGGAAGCCAUGCUUCGGUUUUCACUGUACCGUUUGGUGGUGCUAUUGUGUGUGGCAACCAUUAUCUACACGGCGACUCGCUGGUGCCAAAUUCUGUUCGGACGGGUAGAAUCGGACAGUCGCCACUUUCAGCAUACCUGCAACAUGACCGAACUGUAUCGGCACGAGCUGGAACAUCUGUUCGAAAGAGUGCACCGGUUGCUGGUACAGCACGGACUAACACACUUCCUCUGCUACGGUACGCUUUGGGGGCAGAUACACAUGGCAAAGAUGUUACCCUGGCGGGAAAAGGCGGAAUUCUGUGUGCUAAAUGAAGAACUGAUGCGUCACGAAGAGGCACGCUUCAUACGGAAUUUCUAUGCCAGCGAGCUACAGAUCCACUAUCUGCACUCGGAGGGCAUCUACAGGAUAUUCGCCAAGGAGCCCACCGCACCGCACGCGACGCCAUACGUGGAGUUGGUCGUAUUCCAGCUGGACGAAACGCAAGGAAUGUACAAACGCAUCGGUUGGAAGAGACGUGUAUUACCACCGCACUGUGACUGGACACCGUCCUUGGAGUGUUUUCCCGUCAAUCUGCUGCAGGGAACGCUACCCAAACGACCACUCGGACGAUACGACUACACCGUACCGAUGGGUGGUAUCGAGCUGCAAAAGUACCACUACCCCGACAAUUGGUGGAAGAACGUUAAAGUUCGCAACUGCAACCUGCACUAGGCAGCGGGGCGGGAACU